UAUUUGUAUCCGAACGUGGGGAGGUAUAGGGAGGAAAUAAUUGGAAAUAUGUAAUCCUUAAAAUUUGGAGAGAAUUUAGAUCAAAGCUUAUAAAAUUUAGAGAAAAAAUGCGAGAGAAAGAACGUUUAACUAGAGAAUGUUUAAUUCCAUAUUCUGAACUACAAAAUAUAAAGGAACUAAAAAGUAAUGAAGAUAUGAGAAGUUUAGAAGCAAAUAAAAGUUUAAAAAGUUUACAAAGUAGCCAAUCUGGCAGUACAAAAUUAACAAGUAUGGAUGAUAAAAAAUUGGAAACAGAAAAUUAUGCACAUUUUUUAUAUAAUAGAGAAGUUGUUUUUGCUAUUAAAUAUCAAGUUAGAGUUAGAAUAUUUAAUGAAGAUUUUGUACUUUUGAGAAAGCUUCGUCAAUUAGAUCAUGAUAAUUUAAAUAAAUUCUGUGGGCUUUGCACAGAUGCUCCAAUACUAUAUGGUAUUUGGAAACAUUGCCAAAGAGGCAGUCUAAAGGAUUUAAUCGCCAAAGAACAAUACUUGAGUGAUGCUUUUGUUAUGUUUACUUUGAUGCAGGAUAUAGCCAAUGGUUUAAUAGUUUUACAUCAAUCAUCCAUAGGAGUACACGGAAUGCUUUCCUCCGAGAAUUGUUUAAUUAAUGAUCGUUGGCAAGUAAAGAUUAGCGAUUUUGGAUUGAAUAUGAUUAGAGAAAGUCAACCAAUGUCAAAAAGAAAAUUAUUGUGGACAGCACCAGAAUUAUUAAGAGAAAAUAAUCGGAAAGGAACAAAAGAAGGAGAUGUUUAUAGUUUUGCUAUAAUUUGUUGUGAAUUAGUUAAUAGAGAAACUGUUUGGAAUGGAGUUGAAAGAGAAGAUGAUGUUGAUGAAAUUCUUUACCGACUAAGACGAUCAAACGUGGCAAUCCCACACCGACCUCAAUUGCAUCCUCGAGAGGAAAUUAAUCAAAAUUUCUUACAUUUGGUCCGUGAUUGUUGGAGUGAAAAUCCUCCUGAACGUCCAAAAAUUGACCAAGUUCGCUCAAUGCUUAAACAAAUGGUCAGCGAUGGCAAUAAAAAUUUAAUGGAUUAUGUUUUUGGAAUGUUAGAGCAAUAUGCAAAAGUUGAAGAAAGAACUAGAGAAUUAGUUGAAGAAAAAAGAAAAAGUGAUAUUCUUUUAUACAGAAUGCUUCCAAAACAAGUUGCCGAAAAAUUAAAAUUGGGGGAAUACGUCGAGCCAGAACAAUUUAUGGCAGCUACAAUCUUCUUUUCUGAUGUUGUCUCAUUUACAACUUUAGCUAGUAAAUGCACACCUCUUCAGGCAAAAUCUCAUUUAGUUUUAGUAGUAAAUUUAUUGAAUGGACUUUACACUUCGUUUGAUGGUAUUAUUGACACCCAUGAUGUUUAUAAAGUUGAAACUAUCGGGGAUGGUUAUUUAGUUUGUUCUGGAAUUCCUCGGAAAAAUGGAAAUGACCAUGCUAAGGCAAUUGCUGAACUAUCUUUUGCUUUCCUGCGUACAGUAUCAACAUUUAGAGUUGACCAUUUGCCAAAUGAACGUGUUAAUUUACGUAUUGGAAUACAUACUGGACCAGCAGUAGCUGGAGUUGUUGGAUUGGCAAUGCCUCGUUAUUGCUUAUUUGGAGAUACAGUAAAUACUGCUAGUAGAAUGGAAUCUAACGGAAGACCUGGACGUAUCCAUAUAUCAACCACAACUAAUCAUUAUUUAACUAACAUAAUUGGAGGAUAUGUAACAGAACCUAGAGGAGAAGUAAUUAUUAAAGGAAAAGGAGUUAUGGAAACAUUUUGGCUACUUGGACAUUCGGGAGAUUCUCAUUACUUUUCAGGUACAGGUGUAGCAAACACAGAUCGUGACACUCCAGAACCAGUUUAA